AUGGCUCCAUCACUCGAAGAACUUUCAAAUGCUCAACCGAUCACUCAAAAGAUGGUUGAUUUUAUCAAUGAAUCCAAAUCACCUUAUCAUGCCGUCGGAUCAAUUAAAAAAAGAUUGUUAGAUAGUGGAUAUGAACAACUCUUUGAAAGAGAAGCAAAUUGGGAGCAAAAAAUUAAGCCUUGUGGAAAGUAUUUCUUCACCAGAAAUCACUCAACAAUUGUUGCAUUUGCUGUUGGUGGAAAAUUUGCUGCUGGAACAUCAGGAUUGAAAAUUAUUGGAGCCCACACUGACAGUCCUCAUCUUGUCAUUAAACCAAUUUCAUCACAAAAGAGUUCUGGUUAUCUUCAAGUUGGUGUACAAACUUAUGGUGGAGGUUUGUGGUAUACUUGGUUCGAUAGAGAUUUGACAGUUGCUGGUAGAGUUAUUCUUUCUGAUGGACAAGGAAAAUUCAAGCAACAUCUUGUCGAAGUUAAGAGACCAAUUCUUCGUAUUCCUUCUUUAGCUAUUCACUUACAAAGAGAAGUUUCAACUGAUGGUUUCAAACCUAAUACUGAACUCCAUUUACUUCCAAUUAUUGGUACUGAAUUGGGAGAAUUGAGUGAUGAUCCAAAUACUAAGGGAUUUAUUGCUAACCAUCACUCUGUUUUAUUGAAAGCUAUUGCUGAAGAAUUGAAAUGUAAUGUUGCUGAUAUUCGUGAUUUUGACAUGUCAAUUGCUGAUGUUCAACCUGGUGUUAUUGGAGGUGUAAAUAAUGAAUUU